GUGCCCCCCAAGCGAUUCCCGGUGGCGGCGGUGGAGACUAUCUUGAAGGAUGUGUUGGGGAGUUACCUGAGGGAGCAGCCCUACGAGCCGACCCGGUGCAGGGACAUGGUGAAGGACAUCGCUGAGGUUAUUAAAGCUCGGGUAAAAGACCUUAUGAUACCGAGGUACAAGAUUGUUGUGGUGACGCAUAUUGGGCAGCUGAAUGAGCAGAGCAUGCAAAUCGGAAGCCGGUGCCUGUGGGAUCCUGCGAGUGAUACGUUUUCGUCGUAUGUGUUCAAGAACACUUCGUUGUUUGCUCUUGCAAAUGUCUAUGCUGUCUAUGUUGAAUAA